AUGUCUCCAGAGUAUGCAAUGGAAGGUCGGUUUUCAGAAAAGUCAGAUGUGUAUAGCUUUGGGGUGCUGCUACUUGAGAUUGUUUGUGGAAGAAGGAAUAGCAGCUUCAAAGAUGAGGAAUCUUUGAGCCUCUUAGCUCAUUCUUCUUUGUUUCCCUCUGAAAAAUAUUGUGUUUUAACUCCAUCAUCUCUAUGGCUUUUGGCAUGGAUAUUGUGGAACGAGGACGACAUUUUGUCAUUGAUUGAUCCAGCGAUUUCAGCAUCAGACUUUCAAGCAGAGAUAUUGAGGUGCAUACAAGUAGGACUAUUGUCUGUUCAAGAAUUUCCUGAAGAUAGACCAAGCAUUACCACAAUUGUUUCCAUGAUAGAGAGUGAAGUUACAGAUCUUCCUCGCCCAACACAACCUGGUUUUACACAAAGGAGAAUUGGUUUGGUGAAUGGAGCGCAACAAAAUGGUCUUGAUUGUUACUCUGUUAAUGGGUUUUCAAUUUCUUCCUUAGGUGGUCGAUGA